CGGAAACUUUCUCCCUUCCCCCCAGCAUCCCCGGGAUGGAGGGAACGCCUGGAGGCUGGGGGAGAGGGCGGGUCUGAGACCCAAGAAGGUACAGAAAGGGUUAAUAGGGGCGGAGAGCGGGUGCUCGCCUGGCCCACCCAUUCGGCCGCUGGUGGCGGGAGGUGCGACCAGCACGAGGGAAAAGGCCGGCAGCUAGGUCGCCAAGGGUUACCCGACCCCUUCCAGGCGCCCGCCCGGGACGCGUGGAGGAGGUGAGGGGGUGGGUUGCGGAGCUGGUGCCUGACCAAGUCAGGGGGCUUGGGCUUUUUCCUGAUCUCGGGGACCCAGAGGGCCCCGGGCUGUGGGUCCCCUAGCGCGCGGAGCUGGUCCAGGCGGGGUCGGCCCCUGCGUCCGUCGCUCCCGCUCCCUCCCGCUCCCGCCCUCCCCGCCUGUUGUUUUCCUCUCCUCUCCCGGCUGCGCGCAGCCCGAGCCCCACAGGACCUGGGCAGGCGGCUCCCGCCCCGGGCUCUCGCGGCAGCUGAGCUGGGCACCCAGAUCUGCUGGGCACCUUGAUCUUGCUCGCGGCUGCUGGGUGGCCCAGGACGCCCGGGAACCCCACCCCAGGCCCCAGCCCAGGUCUUAACUCCUCUCCGACCCAGCGCCCCACCCCCAUCCUGUCUUGGAGAAGCCUCAGCUCCACAUCUGGAUCUGCCCCUUUCCUCAAAACAAUAAUCCCCUUUGCCAUCCCCCCUUUGCCACUCACUGUGUGGAAGAACCCUUCCCCUCUCUCAUCCCACCUGCGGCCCUUCUCCCGGGCCUCCACCCAUUCAGCUGUGACCCUCAGGGGCCAAGCGCACACAGGUCUGUAGCCUUCGGUCUAACCCCCAGGAGCCUCCCCUCCUGCUAUCCUACCCUAUCCCUGGGGCCUGGCAGGCAGGGCCACUGCACACAUCCGGCCCACUGCCAGUGUCAGAACAGGGAGCAGAAGCCCCCAAAGGUCCCCUGGGGACCCCUCCAGACCCCAGCCCUCAGGCAUCCCCCAGCCUCCCCUCAGGGACACCCUCAAAUCCGGAUGCCACCCCGCCGUGAACAGGUGCCCCCCGUGCUGGUAACAUAGCCGCAUAGGGUCAUCUGUGGCCAGGAUGAUGGGCCCCCUGGCUCCGAGGACCCUGAGCGUGAUGACCACAAGAGCCAGCCCCAGCCCCGGAUGCCUCGGAAGCGGGGCCACAUCUCACCUAAGGCCCGUCCCCUGGCCAACUCUACUCUUCUAGGGCUGCUGGCUCCACCUGGAGAGGCCUGGGGUUUCCUCGGGCAGCCCCCCAACCGCCCCAACCACAGCCCCUCCCCUUCAGCCAAAGUGAAGAAGAUCUUUGGCUGGGGCGACUUCUACUCCAACAUCAAGACGGUCACCCUGAACCUGCUCGUCACGGGGAAGAUCGUGGACCACGGGAACGGGACCUUCAGCGUCCACUUCCGCCACAACGCCACUGGCCAGGGCAACAUCUCCAUCAGCCUCGUGCCCCCCAGCAAAGCCGUGGAGUUCCACCAGGAGCAGCAGAUCUUCAUCGAAGCCAAGGCCUCCAAAAUCUUCAACUGCCGGAUGGAGUGGGAGAAGGUGGAGCGGGGCCGCCGGACCUCCCUCUGCACCCACGACCCGGCCAAGACCUGCUCCCGAGACCACGCCCAGAGCUCCGCCACCUGGAGCUGCUCCCAGCCCUUCAAAGUCGUCUGCGUCUACAUCGCCUUCUACAGCGCGGACUACAGGCUGGUCCAGAAGGUGUGCCCGGAUUACAACUCCCACAGUGACACUCCGUACUACCCCUCCGGCUGAGCCCGGGCAGGCCGCAGGGGCCGGGCUGGGGCUGGAAGGACAGGCCUGCCCGCACAGGAGGCCAUCUGUCUGGACGCUGGGCAGGGGAGGGGAGGGGCCUCAGGCAGCGAGUGGGAUGCAGAGAAGGGGAGGCCAAGUCUCACGCGGUGGGGAGGGGUCUCACGUGCGGCCCGUCCUGAGGUCGGGGAGCGACUAGGGCACAGGUGCCUGGAGGGGGAGUGGGCUCACCGCGUCCCCUCACGGGGUGUCCCCACGGAGUGAGAGGCAGGUGCUGUGUCCUGGGGCCGGCAGACCAGCGUGGCCUCAGUGAAGCCCUGGAGAGGAGCCCGAAACCUCAGCUCCCUCCCUCCAUCCUGAGACAGAACGGCAACAAGCAGAGGGCUAUUUCCUCAGCGCGGACACCGAGUAGGAAGGGGGGACGGCUGAGAUGGGGCCUCCUGGGAACCAGCUCUUGGGGGCUGGGGGAGGAGGGGCUGCCCAGCCCCCUCAGUGGGCAGCCCGGAGCCCCUCAUCCUGGACUGCGGACUGAGCUCGGCUUGAGGCUGAAGCGGUGACUUUGGAGUCUUCGAUGUCCGUGACAAACAGAUCAUCGGCCAUCUGCCCCCAGCCAGGCCACCCCUUUCC